AGUCCAACGCUAUUAUUGUUGUCGUACGGAAACGAAUUUCUUGCUUUCCUCCCAUUCGCCGCCUCCUCCUCCUCCUUUUCUCCGCCAGGUGGGGAUACCGAGGCUGAGGCUCUUCCUCCUCCUCCACCGGCUGACGCACCGCAACUCCCACCUUCGACCUUUGAGCCACGACCACAGCAACAGCAUCAGCCAUCAGUCUCAAUCUUUUCCCAACGAUGAAAAUGGAGCAGCUCAGCACCAUAAGCCCAUCCAGUUCCAAAUACGGACGACUUCUUACGAAUUGUUGGAAUAAGUAGCUUAUACCCAGAGUUUGAAAUUGGUGGAGGUGUCAAUUGGUUUGUUGGCUGUAUUCAUAUUGUAUUAUGCAAAUUAUUGAUGCAUUAUUAGCCUGGAAGAAACUUUUAAUCUUAGUGGAGAAGCAUCGUGGGUAACAAAACAUGAUUUUUGUGAAAAGCUUAAGACAUAACAGAAUAUCAUUUGGCCCAUUCAACUCAUUUUUACAAAUGAGAUGGAAAAAACCAGUUGCUUCUGCUCAGACUCGAUUAGAAACCAGAACAAGAGAUUUAAAGCUGGACAAGCUCAUGACACACAUCCACAAAGUCAAAACCAUCCUCAAUAUUCACCACCUUAUGUCGCAGCGAAAGCGUGGUCCCUUUGUCUCUGUACAGCUGAUGUCACGGUGGAAAAAUAUUGUGGGUCUGAAUGUGGGCAUGGGUGCGUUUGUUCACAAAUACCCACAUGUGUUUGAGGUAUUUAUGCAUCCGCUCAGGAGGAACUUGUGCUGCAGAAUAACUCGAAGAGUGAAGGAUUUGAUUGAUGAGGAAAAAAAUGUUGUGAAAGAUUGUGAAUCAGAAUUGGUGCAGAGAAUAAAGAAGUUGCUGAUGAUGUCAAAAAAUGGGACACUUCAUGUUCAUGCUUUAAGGCUGAUUAGGAGAGAACUGGGCUUGCCCACAGACUUUAGAGAUUCUAUUUUAAGAAAAUACUCAAAGGACUUUAGGUUAAUUGAUUUGGAAAUUGUUGAAUUGGUUGACAGAGAGAAUUUGGCAGUGGCUGAAGUAGAAAAAUGGAGAGAAAAGGAGUACAAAGAUAAGUGGUUGAGUGAGUUUGAGACAAGUUAUGCGUUUCCCAUUAACUUCCCUACUGGGUUUAAGAUUGAGGGAGGAUACAGGGAGAGAAUGAAGAACUGGCAGAGGCUUCCAUAUUUGAAGCCUUAUGAGAAGAAAGAGGUUGUUAGAGUGCGUACUUGUGGAGGUAUUGAGCGGUUUGAGAAGCGAGCGAUUGGGAUUAUUCAUGAGUUAUUGAGCUUGACAGUAGAGAAGAUGGUUGAGGUUGAAAGGUUGGCUCAUUUUAGGAAGGACUUUGCUAUAGAAGUUAAUGUGCGUGAACUGCUUUUGAAACACCCUGGCAUUUUUUAUAUAUCCACCAAAGGAAGUGCUCAAACUGUUCUCCUUAGAGAAGCCUAUUGCAAAGGGUGUCUGGUAGUACCAAAUCCAAUUUAUGUUGUUCGAAGGAAAAUGUUGGACCUUAUCUUGCUAGGGUGUCGAAAUACUAGAUCAUUGCAAUACCAAGAAGAAAUCAAGGAGGAAAGAAAUGGUUUAGUUUUUAAAACAAGCGGGGAAGGCAGAAGAGAUGGGGACUGGGUUCUCCCAAUUUUAGAUAGUUAUGAUGGAAAAGUCCUGGAGAGUCCAGGUGAAAUCAAUCAUUCCGAGCAAGCAUUUGAUGAUUGUGAGAGUGAAAGUAGUCAAAGUGACGUGUUCUUUAAGGAUGACUCUAGUUGAUCAUAAGGCACUCAACAUUUUGCGACAUUCAGAUUCUUGCUCAUAAAUAGCACAGAUACCAGCUUGAACAGAGAUGAGAGGGUGAUCCACAAUCUGCUGCUACAGACAAUUGAUAAACCUCAAGACAGUGAAAGAGUGUAACCCUCUUAUUGCUUACAGUUCAUGCUUUUUCUUGUUGAAUGUUGCUAUGGCUCCAUUUGGAAUGGAGGAAAGUUUUUUCCAGAAAACAUUUUCAUGAGUUUAGCUGUUUGGAAGGGAGAAAACAGCUUCCUCAUGUAAAAUAUUUUGCAGUUACACCCUUGAAGGUUAUAAGACAUUUUCUUACUAGUUUCAGCUUGGUUUUUCCUCACCUUGCUCAUUUGUUUUAGGCAUUUUCUUCUUUUCUAUCUCUCUCUUCUUCAAUUUGGGCAUAUGUCUCUCUAUCCUUUGAUUUGGGUGGGUUCCAUCGCUCUGUCUCCUUUGAUUUGGGUCUUGGCUGUACGCUUCUCUCCCUUUCUCGCCCUCGAUCUGUCCUGGGCUUGCAUUUGCUCUGCUUCUUCAACACAAUCAAUUCCCCUAUUGUGAAGUGAAUGAAACAUAUAUGUAGCUGGGUAUAACUGUCUUGUGGAUUGGUUUUUGUGCUUGUUUCUGCUUCCAACAUGGAAACUUGAGGUAUGAUGUCAGUCUUUAUCCUUAUGAUUAUUCUCGUCUGAUUUGGUCUGACUACUGGUUGCCCGAGUUCUUGUUGAGUUGCUGCUGUGAGGGAGGCAUCUGUUGCCUGCAAUCAUUUUGGAUGGUAGAAUUGAGCAGAAGGCAUUCAAAUAUGCUGGAAUUACUUGCUUUAAUCCAGGUUCCUUCCCAGAUGAGAUCACAUUCGUUGCACGUCGUCCUUGUACACAAGAAGUCGAGUAUUCAGCCCUGUGAAUUUCAAAAGUUUAUGGCUUCCACAUCCUUUAGCAUGCAGAGAAUUGAACACGGGAAAAAAGAAUUGCUAUCUUUUUUCAUUGUCCAAUGACAAAAUUGUUAAGAUUUAAGUUAUUAAUGUCAUAGCACUUGCAAAUUAACCUGUCAACUCUUUUCUGUUGUAAACUAAUCUCCAUGGUUUUGGUGGAACCAUGUUACGUCUAUUGCCAAAAUAGAAGAAAAUUGCAUUGCAUAUUAGUCAAAAAAGAAAAAAUAGCUGCAUUGUGUUCUUGUCCUCCGAAGCUAUAUUUGGAUGUAUCAAGUUUGGUCAGAACUCUAAGUUUGUCGUUUGUGAUGAGAUAUAGCUGUUACAGUGCUUCAACGCAGUAGGGGUUAUUGUAAUUAGCCUACAGACUAAACCUGAACAUAAUAUGUUUGUGAAAAAAUAUUGGAAGGGGUUUGGGGCUUACAGGUGAGGCUUGGGAAAUCUUUUUGGAUGUUUUCUUGAGUAAAUUGUGUUGCUGCUAUUGGUUGUUUCCCCUGACUGAUGAAAUGAGUUUAUUGUUUGUAAAGCACUAAGGUGAAGCCAUGGCAGAACCAUCAUCUGCAAACACAUUAAAGAACAAUGCAGGAGCCAUUUAGCCAAGAAGCAUGAAAAUGGAAUUUCUGAAACAUGUAAACUGUUGUACAUUGGUGAUUAAUGACAGUUUUGUACUAGUAUUUUGAUAUUGCUAGUGCCAUUUUUCUUAUUUUUGAUUCA